AUGCUCAUUCCACCCUACCAGAAGUUCCAGAAGGAUGUUGUACUUCAAAGGACUAAGGAGGUGCAAGGAAUGGUGAUUUUGACUUGUGAAUGCAGUGCAAUCUUUCAACGAAAGGUUAUCUCCGACAAAAAGGAAGAUCUGGGGAUUUUUACAUUGCUUUGCAUGCUAGGACCUCUAUCCUUGAAGAACAGCCUCUGCGACCAAGGAUCAUCAGUCAGCCUUAUGCCUCUGCCAGUGGCGAAGAGAUUGGGCUAUCACAAGUAUCAAGCCUGCGGAAUCUCACUUGUUUGUGCGGAUAGAUCAAUAAGGCUGCCUACUGGGAUGCUUGAAGAUCUACGUUUGAGGAUAGGGAAUGUUGAAAUCCCCACUGACUUCAUUGUGCUUGAAAUGGAUGAAUAA